UGGAGGUAAGUCUAAAAUGGUCAUCAUGCUAUGUGUUGAGAAGACUUGAACUAAGACAAAAUCAUUUGGUCUGACACAGCAAAACUCAGAGGCCACAUGAAAGGAGAAACAUGACAAGUACUUUCUUUUUUACUUCUCUGUAACGCAUCAAGCUUUUUUUUGCUGUUUUACUCAAAAAGCACUGCCAGGAGGGUAUUUCCUGGAAAGAAAAAAAAAAUAACAAAGGCCCUGGGGCUGCUUCAGUGCUGUGGACUUAUUCUCCCUUAACGCACAGCUGAAGAUGCACAACACAAUGGCAGCGGGCCAUUUAGCUGGAGCUCAGGAUAACUGCACGGUCGACGACAAUUUCAAAUACACGCUAUACAGCACCGUUUUCAGCCUGGUGUUUAUCUUUGGACUGCUGUUCAACUUGGUUGCCAUGUAUAUUUUCACAUGCACUCUCAAAAUAAGAAAUGAGACCACCACAUACAUGAUCAACCUGGGAGUGUCAGACUUAAUGUUCGUGCUCACUCUGCCCUUUAGGAUCUUCUAUUUCAUCAACCAGGACUGGCCUUUUGGCGAUGUACUCUGUAAGCUCUCUGUGGCCCUGUUUUACACAAACAUGUAUGGGAGCAUACUGUUCCUCACAUGCAUCAGCGUGGACCGAUUCUUGGCCAUUGUUUACCCCCUCAGAUCUAGAACACUGAGGACAAAACGGAAUGCUAAGAUUGCCUGCUGCUGCGUUUGGUUGGUGGUUCUGUCUGGCAGCCUCCCUACGGGUUUCAUGUUGGAAACCACGUCGCAAAAAAACCAGGACGACAACUCGACGGACGCUCCAAACUACUGCUUUGAGAACUACUCAGAGAAACAGUGGCAGUCAGAGCUGUCCAAAGUGGUGGUCUUCAUUGAGACAGUGGGUUUCCUCAUCCCCUUCCUGAUCAACAUGAUCUGUUCCAUCAAGGUGCUUCGCACGCUGCAGGACCCCCAGACGCUGUCCCGCGGCGGUCAGCUGAACAAGAGGAAGAUCCUGCGCAUGAUAGUCGUCCACCUGUCCACCUUUUGCUUCUGCUUCAUCCCCUACAACUUCAACCUGGUCUUCUACACCCUGGUGAGGAGUGACGUCUUCAAAAGCUGUGUGGCGGAAUCUGUGGCGCGGACCAUCAAUCCUAUAACGCUCUGCAUCGCCGUCACUAACUGCUGCUUCGACCCUGUCGUGUACUACUUCACCUCGGAGACCAUCCAGAACUCCAUCAAACGCAAGACUCAGAGCAUCCGAAACGACUACCACCUCGGGGAGACCCUGCGGAGCAGUCCCCGGAUGCAGAGCCUAAGGAGCAUCGGACAUAAAGACAGAUCCACUGAAUCCACCGACUCUAGAUAGCAGACUGUUGAUAGCACUGAGAAAGUAUUUUUUAGCCUCUGUGUGAUUGUAACUGCAUAGUUUACUCAAUGGAGUUUUUUGUGCUAUGUGUCAAAUAAUUUUAUACACAACGUCAUGAUUAUAUUCAUUUUCUUUGAUGAUCAGUUUCACAUCUCUAAAGUAAAAACAAAAAAGAAUGAGUAUCUCCCAGACUGAAGAAGAAGGCAGGGUCUGAAGAAGACCCUGUCAAGUCGAAACAUUGCUUUUUCUUUUAAUUAAACUCUGGGAGCUACUCAGGUGUGCGAACAUUCUCUUUAGUUUUGACCUUAUAGUAUUUUUGUCCUGCAACUGGCCUAAACACACAUUGCAAAAAAUAAAAUCUAACCGUGUGUUAUUAAUCUUAUAUUAAGAUCAAAAAAUCUAUUUGCCAUUGUUUUUAGUAUGAAGAGACUUACCUAGCACUCUCUAGAAAGAUAAUUUUGACUUAAAAUUAGGAACACCGACUUAUUUUAAGGAGUCUUAUCAAGACAAAUUUACUCAAUGCACUGGCAGACAAAUAUGCUUGUUUUUAGGAUGAGAUGUCUCAAAAGAAAUCAAACCCUUCUUAAAUUAAGUCUAAUGAUUUUAAGAAAAAGCGCUAGAUCUCUGUAUACUGAAAACAAUACCAACUAGAUUUUUUUAUCUUGAUAUAAGAUUAAUAAGACUUGGUUAGAUUAAUAAGACUUAAUGGUUAGAUUAAUAAGAUUUGUUAGAUUAAUACGACUUGGUGAGAUUAAGAAGACUUGGUUAGAUUUUAUUAGAUAAGCAGUUUUUACAGUGUACCAGUCUCACAUACCUUCCAUUUCCUCAGCAGUAGAUGGCAAAAUCAAUCCAUGCAUUGAUUUGAGAAAAGACCAAAAGUAUUUAAACUGACUGAUUUGAGAAAAGACCAAAGUAUUUAAACUAUGUAAGUGAAAUCAUCUGAAGUGAGCACCCUGAGUGAGUGUUGCGUAAUUAUGCAAACUGGAUGUGGUUUUUCAGGCAGAAGUGGCAGUCAAAACAGCCUCAUUAGAGACUGCAAGCUCAAACCAUUUCCUCAAAAACACCAAAGAAUAUGUCUGCACCAGCAGCUGGGGUUGGGGGGGGAGGGUAGAAUAUGUCUGCACCAGCAGCUGAGACCGUAUUUAAAAUGUUUUCUAGAGUGUAGCCAACAGAUGAGGUGCUUGUAACUACAUACUGAUGCUAGAGAUUUUGUGGAUUGUGCUACUAAACAAAUCAACCUUUGUAGCACCAGUGCUAUGAGCAACACAAGUUAAUGUACAGCCCUGAAACUGAGGGUUUCAGUUCCGUUCACUACAGGCUAGAGCCACUCGCAAAGGAGGGGAACAGCCUCAGUAUAUUUCAUAUGGAAAAGGUGAGUGUUGAGCCAUGAUACUGACACAUAAUAAACGUUAUAUGCCAUGAA